CCCGGAUUCUACUAGUUGGCUUAGCAGGCAGAUACAAAGUGGUGACUUGUAGGCACUGAUCAAUUAGAGGCAUGAAAUGUGGCAGCCUGUGGAUACUUCAUCGCCGAGCUCUGGCUUACGUGGGCUUUGCAAAGGUUGCCAGACAGAAAGGAAGCGAGAUUAUGCACCCAUACUCCAUACAGUACGCGACAUCCAAUCCAGGCAGGAAGUAUCUCUUAUCCAUUCAGCGCAUUCGGAGGUAUCCAGGGAGCGAGCAAGCAAGCGCAGUAAGUAGGUAAGAUAGGAGAGUACUAGGCAUAACUCCGCGCCCGUCGUCGUAUUCGCUUGGCUAGUUAACCUCCCAAGGUACACGCGCCUCGGCCUCGCGAAUUAUUGACCACCGCCCGGGAU